AUGCGUUACACGUCAUCAGUUAUGCUGGAUUUAAAUUCCGCAUACCCAUGAAAGUACGCGCGAUUUGAUUGGUAGAGAGAACCGGAAGCAAGUCUCAAGCGGUUGUUUUAAUUCUACGAUGAUGGAGGGAUCGGAUCAAGAAUUAACUGGCCGGAGUUUACAGGAUUUCCUCCAGAAUGAACUGACCACCCUGUCUAGUAAUCUGGAUGAUACAUACACUGUAUUGUCACAAAAAUGGAUCGGAAACGAGCUGAUGGUCCACCUCGACAAACUACAGCAAACUCAGCAAGGCAAAGUCACCCACUAUCACACCCUGGAGGAUCACAUUCAGAAAUUAACAGAGCUCAGACAGAAACUGAGAAUUCUCACAGCACAGACUCAGUCAGCCAAACAGCAACAAGAGAAACUCAACUUGGAAAUCUCAAACUCACAGCAAGACAUUGAGAUUCGGAGAGAAGCCCUGAAGGGGAAUUCCCAUGACACAGAACAAUCUCUAAAAGAGCUUGAACUGGCUGCGAGCUUCUACAGAGACAGGCUGGGUCUUCGCUUCCAGAAAAUCUCGGGGGGACGACUUCAGUACUGUUUUUCGUCUUUGGACAGAGAGAAUCCUGAAACUUGCUGUUACUUCUGUCUGAAAAUUAAUGAUGACCGUACUUAUGCAGUGUCCGAGUUUUCCCCGCCUCUGGACAACAUGGAGGAACUGGAGACUAAACUCAACAUGACCAACAACCUGCGGUCAUUCAUGGUGGCCAUCCGGAAAAAAUUUAUCAAAGCUCUGAACUCUCCCAAAUAAAAGUGAUGAAAUA